AAUUAAUUAGGCAAUUACGUUCUAUCUCAUUAACUUUACAAGAAGAAUUACGAGUCUUGGUUCUCAAGGACACUGGUUAUAUUAUACUCUGCUGCAGACUAUAUGAGCAAAAUUUGUCGAAGUUUCACACAGUGCAAUUUUGUUUGUUUGCAUCUCAAGCUAACCUUAGAGUGAUUUGUAUGAUCUGGUUGCUUUUUGAAUUUCGCGAUGUUAAGCGCUCUUAAGAACUCUAAACCUAAAGAUCAGGAGGCGUAUGUCAGUGUUAUCGAUGGACUUAGUAAAUUAUAUUUCAACAAAUUACUGCCUCUUGAAAAUGCCUAUAAAUUUCAUGAUUUUCACUCCCCUCCCCUUGAAAAAAGUGAUUUUGAAUCAAAGCCUAUGGUCUUGUUGAUUGGACAAUAUUCAACUGGAAAAACAACCUUCAUUCGGUAUUUAAUUGGCGAAGAUUUCCCAGGAAUUCGGAUAGGCCCUGAGCCGACAACCGAUAGCUUUAUCGCCGUAAUGCAUGAUGUUAGAGGAGGACUUAUUCCGGGAAAUGCACUGGUAAUGGACCACAAGAAACAGUUCAGACCUCUAUCAAAGUUUGGAAAUGGUUUCUUAAACCGUUUUCAGUGUGCGCAUAUGCCUAAUGGUGUUCUGGAAGGGAUAACUUUUAUCGAUACGCCUGGUAUACUAAGUGGAGAGAAACAACGUGUUGAUCGCGGAUAUGACUUCUCUGGAGUUAUUGAAUGGUUCGCUGAGCGUGCUGAUAGGAUUAUAUUGCUCUUUGAUGCCCACAAACUUGACAUCUCAGAUGAAUUCAAACGAGUUAUAGAAGUUUUAAAAUCAAAUGAAGAUAAAAUUCGAAUUGUCUUGAAUAAAGCAGACACGAUUGAUUCACAACAGCUUAUGCGAGUGUAUGGUGCUUUAAUGUGGAGUUUAGGAAAAAUUUUGAAUACACCGGAAGUAGCACGUGUAUACAUUGGCAGCUUUUGGGAUCGUCAGUUAGUAUUUGAUAAUAACCGGAAGUUAUUUGAAUUGGAGAAAAUGGAUUUAUUCCGUGAUCUGGCUACUCUUCCUGCAAAUGGUACUCUUAGAAAGUUGAAUGAUUUCAUCCGACGUGCACGUCUUGCUAAAGUACAUGCUUAUAUUAUUUCUCAUUUGAAAAAAGAAAUGCCAACAAUGGUCGGUAAAGAUGCUAAGAAAAAAGAGCUUAUCUCUAAUUUAUCCAAAGUAUACGAUACUAUAUCACGUACACAGCAUAUAUCAAUCGGUGAUUUCCCCAGCAUAAGCAGAAUGCAAGAAUGCUUAGAAGUACAAGAUUUUAGAACAUUCUCUGCACUACAACCGAAAUUAAUCAAAGUUGUCGAUGAUAUGUUGGCUAGUGAAGUGGCGAAAUUGGUGCAAAUGAUUCCACAGGAACGUGAUGCGAUAGUGGAAACACAAGGUCCAGCUGUUACUGGUGGAGCUUUUGAUACAUCUGGUACACCGUUUAGUUUUCAUGCUGGUGAAGGAUUUGAAGAGGGUCGUUUUGAAAAUGAUUGGAUUGUGAAUCGUUUCCGACAACCGUGGGAUGAAAUUUUCCUUAAAUUGAAUCCUGUGGAUGGUAAAAUCAGUGGAGAAGCUGCACGCAGUCAUAUGCUUACAUGUAAUCUACCCAAUAGUACACUGAGAAAUAUUUGGAUUCUUGGUGAUGUUGAUCGUGACGGGUGUUUAGAUGAAGAUGAAUUCGCCUUGGUGUGUUAUUUAAUGAAGUUAAAAUUAGAAGGUAAUGAAUUACCGCCUUCUCUUCCUGAGCAUUUAAUCCCUCCAUCUAAACGUCAGACUGAAAAACCACUUCGUAAUGGAUAUCACAAAGGCUAAUUCACUACUACUAAUAAUAAAAUAUAAUAAUAAUCAGUAUAUUCGAUAAUGCGGAAAAAUCCACUUGAUGAAAUACUAAUCCAUGGCGAAAAACGAUAAUGAAGAGAACAAGUAAACUUUAUCAGCUUAUAUCGCUUUCCUAUCGUUAUUUGUACGUAUAACACAUUUGCUUUACUGACUUUUUUUCAAAAAAUAAUUAAUAUAAAACUGAUUGUCUAGUCAACAUAAUAAUUUAUGGAAUAAAUAAAACAGAAGCCCUUAUUAUUCUUUCCGGUUCAAGCAUGUCCCUGAAAUGUUUUCUAUUGUUGGACUUAUACUACUGUUAUACAAAUAAGUAGUAAAAAUUCGUCUCAUGUAAAAUCGGGCUGCAUGCUUUAAGACCGUCGUUUUUUUCUCGAGUUCAAUUGUUAUCUUAGGUUUUAUUUGGUGUGGUUUCUUUUCUCUUCUGUUUUGCUGCCUUUUUCACACCUCAGAUGUAUAACUCUUUUCUCGAAAUUUAAGGCAAUCUUUUUUACUAAUUUGAUUCUUCCCUCACCCUCAUGGGUUAUUAUGUUUUGUUUCUUUUGCAUGCUAAAUAUCUGUUAUAGCUUCUUAACAAGCACUUUUUUUUACCGGAAAUGAUUAAACGAAAGCUAAUCAUCUGUAAAAUAUAAAAAAACGAUGACCUGCCUUCUUCAUUGAUGGUUAUAUUAGUUAUAGUUAUAUUAUCUAUUAUAUGCAUUUUACA